UUUUCAAGUGUAUAAUUCAAUACAUGUGUGUGUGUUUAAUGUUAUCUGAUUUGUGUUUUUAAAUUGUAAAUUUAUAAUUUGUGUUUACCCAUUUAGUUUACAAUACCUAUGUAUGUAAUGUUGGCAACACCCUGCGUGAGGCUGGCAAGCAGCAACCAACUUCACAUCUCAAGAAGUAGCGACAGUUGGCGAAUACAGUUGGUGAAUACAGUUGGCAAAAUACAGUUGGUGAACACAGUUGGUGAAGACAGUUAGCGAAGAAGUUGGCAAACGCAGCUGAUCAAUAUUUUUCUAUUCUUUAAUUCAUUCAUUCAUUUUCAAUUAAUUGUAACUUAAUUAUAAACAACAUUUGUUAAUAAACGUUAUAAUCACUUUUUACAUGGGGGCUCAACCUAAAAACCGCUCAAACGUUCAGUCGUUCAAGCUCAACCUAUGAAAGGAUAAGUUGUAAGAACGAUGCCUGUAUGCAGAUCGAGCAAAAAGAAGAAGGAAGUAGCAGGAAAAAAUCUAUUUGAAGCUGAAAAAGUUGAUCCAGAGUUGGUAAAAGUUGAUACAGAGAACACAUUUUCAUUAAAGUUGAUCGAAAUGGAGAAAACAGAGGAAAAAGUCGAAAAUCAGAACUCGAACGUGUGUGAUAGUGGAAUAAAUUCAAGCGAUCUGGUAGAGCUAUUAAAAAUGCUGAACUCAGGCAAAAACGUGUCAGUCGACCAAUUCGAAAAAAUUGUUCCAGAAUACGAUGGCGUGACAAUUCCUAUUGGAAAGUGGUUGGAAAACUUCAACGAGAAUGCUGACGCAUAUGAGCUUACCGAAAAGCAGAAAUAUGUAAAUGCGAGGAAUAAAAUGAGAGGAACAGCAAAACUGUUCCUAGAAACAGUGGGUGUUUCGAACUUCGAUUCUUUGUGCGAAGCGCUCAAAGAGGAAUUCGACAUAAAGUUCAACAGUGCUGACAUACAUCAGAAGUUAAUGCAAAGGCAAAAGAAAAACGACGAGAACUUUUACGAAUAUAUUCUGCAAAUGAGGAAGCUGGCAGCACUGGGGUCGAUAGAAGACGAAGUAGUUAUUCGAUACAUUGUGGACGGAAUUAAGCAAAUGAGUUACAAGAGCAGCAGCAGCGCAGUACAAAAGCGAAACUACACGAAGCUUGCGCAAAAUGUUAAAGACGAUGAGGGUGAAAAUCGCGCAGUAAGUAGACAUUGUUUCAAUUGUGGGUCAUCUACACACAUACGUGCAGAAUGUAAGGCAGAAACAAAAUGCUUUAAAUGCAACGGCAAUGGUCAUAUCGCAAAAAAUUGUGAAUAUCAGAAGAGAACGGUGAACAUGCUAACAAGUGAUAAACGAAGUAAGCAAAUGCGAAUUAGCAACAAGUACAUAUCAUGUUUGAUAGACACAGGUGCAGAUGUGUCACUUAUGCAGCAAUGUGUUUAUGCAAAAAUUUUGGCAAUCACAGCCUACAAAAAAGUUUUGCGAAAUUGUAUGGUUUGGGAAAUGUUGCGAUUGCGGCGAAAGGUGCGUUAUCGUUAAAAGUUGAAGUUGAUAAUAUAAAAACUGAGCAUUCAUUUCUUGUCGUAGCUGAUCAUAAAAUAAACAACGAAGUUAUUGUCGGAUAUGAUUUCAUUCAGCGUUUCCAAUUAGAGUUUAAUGCUAAGGGAUAUUUUUUCUCCGAUAAGACAAAUGUACAAGAAGAGGUCGAAUUAAAAUGCGUAUACAAUAUUAUAGAAAAGGUGCCAGAAAUUGAUGUUCCGCCUCAAUAUAGAAAUGAUGUUAAUAAAUUAAUUAAUGAAUACAAUCCUGUAGUUAGUCCGAUUGAACAUCCUAUUCAGCUGAAAAUAAUACCAAAAGACGAUUUUAUUAAUUUCAAUGAAAGUCCGACACGAUUAUCUGCAGCAGAGCGUGACGUUGUCAAGAGUCAAGUGGACGAGUGGUUAAAACUUGGUAUAGUUCAUGAAUCCAACGCAAACAUAGCCAGUAAAGUUGUUCUUGCAAG